CCAAAAUUCUUGUUAAUUCUCUUCAUUUUCUGCACCAGAAAACAGAGAUAAUGGCCGGACCUCACCCUGAUGCGGUUUCCGGCCACCUGCCAGCUUCAGACAAAGUCCUUGCGGAUUUUGGACCUGCAAAAAAACCAAAAGGAAACAAAUUUGCCUUUGCUUGUGCAAUAAUCGCUUCCAUGACUUCCAUCUUGCUUGGUUAUGAUAAUUAAGUCCUCUGUUUAUUUUUUAAGCUUAUAUUUUUCUGUUUCCAUUCAUUUAUUUGUUUCCCUGCAAAUUAUUUAAUAGGAAAAUCAUUUUCUCUACGUAUUAUUAUUUGGAUGACACUAGAUGAUUUAAUAGAGUAUAAGUUAAAAA